UCUGCAAAACCACUGGGCUCCUUUGUGGAUUUUAAGGAAACGUCUCCCAAACAGAACAGCACGUACGCUCUGAACAAAACCGUCCGCAUACCGCAGUGCAAAAUCCUGUGAGGCGAGCGCGACCCAGCUCAGUAGAUCUCCAAUGGCGGAAAACGAUUCAGAUUCCCCUCUCUCUCCCAACCAUAUCCCACCCCCAGAAAAUCACCCCAGCAAACGCCCCAAAACCCUAACCCUAUCGCAGGCGCCGAGCUCCCCUCCACCGCACGAACCCGCCUGCGAUGGAUCGGAUACGGAGUCGCAGAGCUGUGGUAUAUGCCUGUGCUCGGAGGAAGGUGGUAGGGCGAUCAUCAGAGGGCGCAUCGACAGCUGCGAGCACUACUUCUGCUUCGUCUGCAUCAUGGAGUGGGCCAAGGUCGAGUCUCGGUGCCCACUCUGCAAGUGCAGGUUCACCAGCAUCCGCCGUCCCCCCAUGGACGGCGUCUUUCUCAACGAGCGUGUCGUUAGAGUACCCGUUCGCGACCAGGUUUAUCAUUGUUUCGGAAAUGCGACAGUAGGGCCUCCGGAUCCAUAUUCAGAAGUUCAAUGUACAGUGUGCAACAGUGAGGGAGAUGAAAAUUUUCUUCUACUUUGUGACCUUUGUGACGCCGCAUCCCAUACUUACUGUGUUGGUCUGGGAGCCACUGUCCCAGAGGGUGAUUGGUUUUGCAAUGACUGCACUGUUUCUAAAGCUGAACACGAGAAGAGUGAAACAGAUGCCCAUCUUGACACCCCAUUGAGUUUUAGAAGCUCGGGUGAAAGACCGUUGGUGGAAGAACAUGCUUCUAUUCUUGCUAUUAGACGAGAACCCAGGUUGAGAGUACUUGAGAGACCUCCCACCAGAGUUCCAGCACAUCCGAAUAACUUGUCAACUCCUAUUCCUUUUGAGAGGAGAACCAACCCUGAGUUGGGUGCAAGAACUCUGCGGCGGUGCCGAAAUGUGCAAGGUCGUAUACAACAGUUACGUGAAAAUUGGAAUGCUUUUCGUAGAGGAUCCUUGAGUUUUACAUCCAAAUCAUCUGAUACAGCUGAUGAUACAAAACUGAGAAAGAGCAGUGGUGCCACUUCUUCUGGCAGAUCAAGUCAGCCGCAUCGUUCUGGUAAUAAUGUAUCUGAAGGAGGCUCUUAUGAUGUAGUCAAAGCUUGGAAAAUGUUGGAUGCAGCCAAGUCAAUGGAACAGGUUCGUGGGAAAACCAGCAUUGUUCUUAAAUCCUCGAAAGAUAAUUUAAGCAAAGUAAAUAUCCCAGUAGCAAAAACUAAACCAAGUUGUAGCCUUCUGGCAUCAAGUAGCAAACCUCUUCGGGUGAAGGAUCUUGCAAAAACUAGAUCACAAAAGCAUAACAAAUGCUAUUCUUCUUCUGUAAAAGGAACUGAGAGUCAUAAACCUCAGAUAGAUACAAGGGAGAGACAUGAUAUUGCUAUUGCUACUUCGACAAGGAUUUUGAAAUUCAAUGAGAUUUCUCCAAGCUCUCAAUCACUAGGAGACUAUAUCCACACUUCAGUUCUAGUGAAUGUUUGCCACGGAAAUGGGGGGAAGCCACCAGAAGAAAGAUUAUGUGCUCAAUCAGUGGAUGGUUUACAGGAGCAUGACGGAUUUGGUUGCUUGGUUUCUCCAGCUGGGCCUGUGACUUCAGGUUCUAACUCAACUUCUGCCAAACUGGAAAUGUCUUCAUCCUCCUGUAUGGGACUUCCCAAUGAAAAAGCUAGAAUGGGAAAAAGUUGUGCUGGAAGCAAGUCUAUACAAGAAGAUGAUGCCAAGAGUGAGAUUCAGUCUCUUGUCAAGCUCAAUCUGAAGCUCCUGACCCGAGAUAGACCAAUAGGAGUGGAUGCAUUUAAGGAAAUUGCAAGACUUUCUACUCACUCCAUCUUAGCAGCAUGUGGUUUAGAAGGGCCAAAACCAGGUGUCCGUUUCUUUCUGAGCUCUGUAUGUUGCCAUAGUAAUCAGGUUGAAGUUCAACAACUCCGAAGAAUGUCUACACUAAUGCCUAGCUCUUGCAGAGAAUGUUUUUAUGUCUUUGUCAAGGAUGUCGUUAAUGCCGUCGUGGUUGAAAAAAUAGGCCAUGUCAAAACGCGGCAUUGAGGCGGUUAUGCUGGCAUAAUGGUCUGUGGUGGAAUUCCAUUGUAGUGUUUAGGUUACUUUCUUUUGUUAUCAUUCUUUGAACUAGUAGUAAAUUAUUUAGGUGUUUCGAGUUGUGGAGGGGAAGAGACCAUCUUACGCCAAACUCCAUACUGUCCAUAGCUCCAUAGAAAUGGUUUUUGUCUGUCGUGUAGAUCUGUAGUCUGUACCGAGUAAUCUAACGCCAAAUUCAGUAAUGCUCAUAGCUCCACGGUAUUGUCUGUUUCAA